CGGCCAGAUGACAGUCAUUUUCACUCGGAGUUUAGAAGCGUGAACACCAGCGGAUCCUACAUGAACAACACCGGCAAAUAUCCUGAAAACUGGUUUUCAUGACAUGUCCGGUUGUAUUUAAAGCAGUGACGCCAUGAUGAAUGGAGAAACAAAUAUAGGUGUGCACUCAGACGGUGUGAAAUUGGAUGAUGCAGUGAAAGGAGGAGUUGGAGUCGGGGUCAAGGGAAUCACAAGUCCUGCAAUUACCCAGGGAGAAGGAGAUAAGCUUCUUGCGGCAACAGUUCAUCUAGACCACCUUAGUAAAGAGGAUGCACUACAACUGAUCGGUAUCAUCAAGUCAUACGACAAGAACCUUGAACUUAAGACAUCAAAAGAUCUGAAAGCAGGAGUGUCCCUUGGUGAUCUUCGAUUAAAAAGUGAUGCAGGACUUGAUGCACCCGGUGUUAAGAUUAAUGGGUUAAAUGGACAAAUAAAUUCCCCAAGCCUCAGGGGUGGCAUCUCAACCCCAAAUAUCAGAGGAGCAGGUCUGGAUGGCAUGUUAGAAACACCGGAUGUCAGCCUUUCUACACCUAGACUACACACUCCUGGUGUCUCUGUUAAUGUGGAUAACCCUGAACUGAAGACCAAAACACCCAAGUUCCAAAUGCCCAGCUUCGACCAACAGGCUAAAAAACCAACGAUUGGUGGUGAUGUGAAUUUAACAGCCCCAAAGGUAAACGCUGACCUCAAAAAACCUGAUCUGAGUCUAUCAGCACCAAAGAUUAAUGGAGAAUUUAACACCCCUAAAGUAGAUGUGACCUUGCCAAAAACUGAGCUCACUGGUCCGAAUAUGGACAUCGACACGCCAAAAGUUAAUACCUCUGGCAAGAUUAAAUUUCCCAAAUUUAAGAAAAAAACAGCUAAAGUAAAAGUACCAGAGGCAAGUAUUGAUGCAAAUCUUAACAAACCAAAUCUUGAACUUUCUGCCCCAGGGUUAAAUGCAGAUGUCAAUCUUCCAAGGGCUGAUCUUGAAGCACCAGAUGUAGACAUCAAAACCCCAGAUAUCAACAUAGGAGCUCCCAAGGGCAAAGCUAAAUUUCCAACCUUAAAGAAGCCCACAUUUGGGCAUAAGGUUAAAGCACCAGAGGCUGGCUUAGAUGUCAGUGCCUCAAAACCUGAUUUGAACCUGUCAGCACCAAACAUAGAUGGAGAUAUCAGCAUCCCAAACACACGUGUCAAUUUACCCAAGGCUGAUGUGGAUGUAAAAGCACCUAAUGUAGAUAUUCAUACUUCGUCUACAAAGCCCAAGUUCCCAACUCUUAAAAUGCCAAAGCUAAACUUGCAUAAAUCAAAGGUGAAAACACCUGACUUUAAUGCAGACUUGAACAUGUCAUCUCCAGAUGUAGAUAUGAACCUUCCAAAAGCUAAACUGGAUGCACCAAAUCUAAAUGUCAAAGCUCCAGACCUCAACUUGUCUGCGCCAAAUCUAGACAUUCAAACUCCAGGAGCUCAUGUGCAAGCACCAGAUAUUGACAUUGAAGCUCCAUCUGCAAAGGUAAAGAAGCCCCAUGUUAAACUGCCAAAAUGGAAUUUUUCUGGACCAAAAAUGAAAGGAAAAGCUGAUUUGGAUGCACCGGAUCUAGAUGUCAAAGCACCAGACCUAAACCUCAGUGCACCGAAUCUAAACGUUCAAACUCCAGAAGCUCAUGUGCAGGCACCAGAUAUUGACAUUGAAGCUCCAUCUGCAAAUAUAAAGAAGCCCCAUGUUAAACUGCCUAAAUGGAAUCUUUCUGGGCCAAAAAUAAAAGGAAACGCUGAUUUGGAUGUACCGGAUCUAGAUGUCAAAGCACCAGACCUAAACCUCAGUGCACCAAAUCUAGAUGUCAAAGCUCCAGACCUCAACCUCUCUGCACCGAAUCUAGACAUUGAAACUCCAGGAGCUCAUGUGCAGGCACCAGAUAUUGACAUUGAAGCUCCAUCUGCAAAGGUAAAGAAGCCCCAAGUUAAACUGCCUAAAUUUAAUCUUUCUGGGUCAAAAAUGAAAGGAAAAGCGGAUUUGGAUGUACCGGAUCUAGAUGUCAAAGCACCAGACCUAAACCUUACAGCACCAAAUCUAAACGUUCAAACCCCAGGAGCUCAUGUGGAGGUACCAGAUAUUGACAUCGAAGCUCCAUCUGCAAAAGUAAAGAAACCCAAUGUUAAUAUGCCAAAAAUAAAUCUAUCUGGGCCAAAAAUUAAAGGAAAAGCUGAUUUGGAUGCACCGAAUCUAGAUGUGAAAGCUCCAGACCUCAACCUCUCUGCACCGAAUCUAGACAUUGAAACUCCAGGAGCUCAUGUGCAGGCACCAGAUAUUGACAUUGAAGCUCCAUCUGCAAAAAUAAAGAAGCCCCAUGUUAAACUGCCUAAAUGGAAUCUUUCUGGGCCAAAAAUAAAAGGAAACGCUGAUUUGGAUGCACCAGAUCUAGAUGUCAAAGCACCAGACCUCAACCUCUCUGCACCAAAUCUAGAUGUUCAAACUCCAGGAGCUCAUGUGGUGGUACCAGAUAUUGACAUUGAAGCUCCAUCCGCAAAAGUAAAGAAGCCCCAAUUUAAUCUGCCUAAAAUAAAUCUAUCUGGGCCAAAAAUGAAAGGAAAACCUGAUUUGGAUGCACCUACUCUAGAUGUCAAUGCUCCUGACCUCAACCUCUCUGCACCAAAUCUAGACAUUAAAACCCCAGGUGUGGAUGUGCAGGCACCAGAUAUUGACAUUGAAACCCCAUCUGCAAUGGUAUACAAGCCCCAUGUUAAUCUGCCUAAAAUAAAUCUAUCUGGGCCAAAAAUGAAAGGAAAACCUGAUUUGGAUGCACCUACUCUAGAUGUCAAAGUUCCAGACCUCAACCUCUCUGCACCAGGUGUUGAUGUGCAGGCACCAGAAAUUGACAUUGAAGCCCCAUCUGCAAAGAUGAAGAAACCCCAUGUUAAUCUACCUAAAAUAAAUUUAAAAGGGGCAAAAAUGAAAGGUCCAGAUAUAGACCUCAAUUCACAGGCAGACCUCCAAGGACCAGACAUAGACCUGAAAGCUCCAGAUCUCAAUCUUUCAGCACCCAAAGCGAAUCUGCCAGAUGCUAAUAUCAAAAGUCCAAUCGUAGACCUCGAAACCCCAGACAUUGACUUAAAUGUUCCUGAAGUAGAUAUUGAUGCCCCCUCUGGAAAAGUCAAAAUACCGCACUAUAAAGUGCCGAAAUUUGGUCUUUCUGGGCCUCGUGUUAAAACAGAAAAAGUAGAAGUACCUGAUGUAGACGUGAACAUCCCCAAAGCAGAACUGAAAGGACUUAAUGCAGGUGUUAAAUCACCUGACCUUAGUCUUUCCACACCUAAAGUUAAAGGGGACAUUUCUGCUCCUUCUUUAAACAUUGGUUUGCCAAACGCAGACUUAAAAGCUCCAACUGCAAACAUUGGGGGAAGUCUCGAAUCACCAAAUCUCAAUAUAUCCAACCCAGAUGUAGAACUAAACUUACCAAAAGCAGAGUUUCAAGGACCUGAUGCAAACCUUAAAGUCCCAGAUGUUGAUAUCAAUGUCCCAUCUGCAAAGCACAAGAUGCCACAUUUCAAUCUGCCAAAAAUGAAUCUGUCUGGGCCAAAGGUGAAAGGGCCUGAGCUGGAUGCUAAUACAGAACUAAAUCUCUCAGCUCCCAAACUCGAAGGCAAAUUAAAAGCACCUGCUGUUGACCUAAAUCUUCCAAAAUCUGUGGUCAGCAUACCUGAUGUAAAUGCAACUUUACCAAAAGCUGAGGUCAGUGUUCCCAAUGUAGAUAUCAAGUCCCCAGACUUGGAGUCACCAACUGGAAAGCUAAAACAGCUUACAUUUAAGAAACCAAAAGCUGACCUUUCUGUUCCAAAAGUGCAGACUCCAGGUAUUGAUAUAAAUGCAGAAGCUCCUGAUCUCAACCUCUCAGCUCCAACAAUUGGUGCAGAUGUCAAUGUGCCAGAUGCUGAUGUAAAGCUUCCAACAACAAAUGUUGACAUCAAUACUCCCAAAGGAAAACUAAAAUUCCCAGCAAUGAAAAAGUUGAACAUUUCAGGUCCAAAAGUCAAAUCUCCUGAUGUUGACAUUGCAGCUGAUGUAAAUGGGCCAGACCUGAACCUAUCUGCACCCAAGAUUGCUACCCCUGAUGCUGACUUGAGCCUGCCCAAUGCUGGGAUAGAUCUAGAUGUUCCCACAGUAGAUGCUGACGUCAAGGUUCCUAAAGGGAAACUAAAAUUCCCAGCAAUGAAAAAGUUGAACAUUUCUGGUGCAAAAGUCAAAUCUCCUGAUGUUGACAUUGCAGCUGAUGUAAAUGGGCCAGACCUGAACCUAUCUGCACCCAAGAUUGGUACUCCUGAUGCUGACUUGAGCCUGCCUAAUGCUGGGGUUGAUGUAGAUGUUCCCACAGUAGAUGCUGACGUCAAGAUUCCUAAAGGAAAACUAAAAUUCCCAACGAGAAAAUUAAACUUUUCUGGACCCAAAGUUAAAUCUCCUGAUGUUGACAUUUCUGCUGAUGUAAGCCGGCCAGACCUUAACCUAUCUCCUCCUGGUGUGGAUGUGAAUCUUCCUAAAACUGGGGUUGAUGUAGAUGUUCCAAGCAUCAAUUCUGAAGUGGAGGGCUCCAAAAGCAAGAAGAAAUGGCCCUUCAACUGGCGAAGAUCUGUUGAAUCAAAGGAUGGGAAUAUAAAGAUUAAAGCACCAGAAUUAGAUGGCAAUACAGAAAUAAAAUUCCCCGAAAAUAUCCCCUUGUUCAAGACUCACAGCUUACCUGAAAGCAACAUUGACAGCAUCUUGCAAAAACGUAUUGGAGCAGCUGAUGUCACUAUUGACCCUGCUAAAACAAUAACUGAUGCAGUUCUCUCAGUCUCAUCAGUCAAGACAAAUCUGAAAGCUUCAUCUCCCUCUGUUGGGGUCAAUGGACAAAGGGGCAGUGUCGAUGUCCUGGAGAGGUUGAGGUUGUCUAAUGCACGUACCAUUAGCACGGAUUUUGCCACAUCUUCAGAACCAGGCAGCCCUCCGAACAUGAAUAGGGGAACAUUUAAAGUCACCAACCCUGAUGCUAAUAAGGAUCAUCCUUACAUUGAUAGUACUAGCAAUGAUAAUGAUGCCAAAUUGAGCCUAAGCUUGAACAACAUGCUUUGUCUGCAGACAGAGUAAACUUUAAUCCAAGAGCAUUGGUAAUGCACAUCAACUCCAUAUAGUGAAGUCAUAUGUAAAAAUUACAUGUAUAAACAUUGGUGAAGUUUUGAUUGAAAAGCAUUAUAGAAUUUGACAGAUGUAAUUAUUUUUGUACUAAGUUCUACACAUUAUUUUAUUCAGUUAAAUGUGCAAUGAAUGUAUCUUCUUAAAAUACUGACAUAAAUAUAAAAGAAAAUCUGCUGACUCUAUAACUGUCUGCAUUUUGAGUGGUUAUAUAUAUGAUAUAUUAACUUUUGUUUACACUUCUUUCCAUACCAGUUUUAUAUGUAUUUUGAUCAGUAUUGCAAACUGGGGAAAAACAAACAAAUUGACACUGUGUUCUCACUGUGUAUCACAUAUAUGUGCAGAUUUCUGCCAGUUUCACAAAAAAAAAACCUCAAUAAAGCUUAUAUGAACAACA